AUGCCAGGCCUUGGCUGCAGCUUGUCGGUGCGACACUGCCUCACCUUUGCUACAGGUCUGGUGGAAUGUCUGUGUUUCGCUGGAGCCGUGUUUGGAUGGGCUUCACUUGUCUUCACCCUGAAGACAGAGGGCUACUUCAGCUCUCGAUGUGUCAACACUACCGAAUUCAAUGCAACGGAUGUCUUCGAUUGCAGUGGACAGGAUGAACAGUUCUCUAUUGUCUUCACCAUCGCAUCCUUUAUGAUCAGUUUCCUGACGCUGCCGAGUGGUUUCCUCUUUGACUGGUUUGGUACUACAGUGGCUCGGCUCGUUGGAAUAUUUCUGUACACAUUUGGUACUUUGAUGAUGGCCUUCUCGACUGCAGCGUUGUCCAACCUGCUGUUCCCAGCUCUCUCCCUCCUGGCAGCAGGUGGCAUAUUGUUUCUCAUAACAAACAUGCAGGUAGGAAACCUGUUCGGCUCACGUCGUUCCACCAUCAUCACUUUCUACAACGGGGCCUUCGACUCUUCGUCAGCACUCUUCCUUGUCAUCAAGCUGUUGCACAAGGCUGGCGUCUCUCUCCGCUCCUCCUUCCUCUUCCUGUCCGCCUGCAGCGUCAUUCACCUCCUCAGGACUUUCUUCCUGCUGCCCAGACACCACAUUCCCUACCCGCUGCCUGCGGACUACACAUACGGGAUAACCUGUGGUAAACCAAGGACUCCGAGCGUAGUGCAGACGACAACCGAUGUUCUCCCCUUGCCUCCCUCGGAGAAGAGUUUCCGUGAGUGUGUGAUGUCCAGGUUCUUCGGGUUGCAGGUUCUGUGGUUAUCCAUUAUGCAGCUCCGACAUUACCUCUUCAUCGGCACCCUGAACCCCAUGCUGCAGCGGCUGACGGCGGGGGAGCCUUCACUGGUGAGCCAGUACAUAAACGCCUUUGCCAUAACGCAGCUGUGUGGCGUGCUGUGUGCUCCCUGGAACGGCCUCAUCAUGGACAGACACAAGGGCAAAGCUCGUGCUGCAGGAGAGAGUGAACAGGAAGCCGACCUGAGGGCCUCGGUGCUGUCUCUCUUCCUGACGGCGCUGCAGUGUGUGGUGUUCUCGGUCUGCGCCUCCAUCCCGUAUCUGCCGCUUCAGUAUUUCACCUUCGUCAUGCAGGUGCUCAACCGCUCCUUCCUCUAUGGCGGCAACGCAGCCUUCAUCAGUGUGGCUUUCCCACUGCAACACUUUGGGAAGCUGUUUGGUCUGGUCAUGGCUCUGUCUGCAGUGUUUUCUCUGCUGCAGUAUCCCUGCUUUGCUCUGGUGAAUGGACCUCUGGAUGGAAACCCUCUAUAUGUGAACAUCGGUCUGACGCUGCUCAGCCUGCUCACCUUCAUCCAUCCCCUCUCUGUCUUCCUGCACUGUCGUAGUCUGGCCUCCCAGCGAGCCAUCAGUGCCUCCUCUUAAGUCUGUCAAAUGAGACUUCCACUUAAAAUGUCCUUAACACCUCUCUUAAUAUCUAUUAUAUAACUAUUUAGCUUGUUUGACUGAAAUUUAAACGUGGCUAUUUAUAUGAACGACAGCAGGCCUAUUCAACUAGCGACCCGCGGGCCGGAUGCGGCCCGUUUGAGUUUAACUCUGGCCCGCAAGACUGCAUGCAAAUCACUAUAGCUUGCAGUGGCGGCUGGUGAAUUUUGUUUGGGGGGGGGCGCAGUUUAAAUAGCACUCAACAAUGAGAAGAAAAGAGGUUUUGAGUAGAAUAUUGUAAAAAACAAAGCUUUAUUUCAAGAACACACCGUGCUCAACUGUCCAAUAACAACUAUCAACACACUGUAACUUUGGGCAUGAGAGGUUCAGAGCAGCUUUAAGGAACAUUGGGUUGGGUUUCAGAGGUUUACAAAAUAAAAGAGUUUCACCCUCACAUGAAAGAGGUUCAGAGCAGAAUAGAGUCAGAAAGAGAUCACAUGUUACAUUGGGUGACAGAGCAGACCCACUACUGUAAAGACAAGUAGCCUCCUCUCUUUAAAGUGGUCAAACUUCUCCAUAACUCUCUGGUUAAAGUCAAUCAUGUCUGUAACCAGCCUGUUUCCAUUAUUCUUGAGGGAAUGUGUCUGUUUUUCAGAACUUCUUCGUUGUGUUUCGAUGCCAGUUCGGUCUCCUACUGCUCUGCAUGAAGCUAACUCGCUAACAGCUGUUAGCGAGUUAGCUCCAUGCUCUUAGCUAGAUAACUGCGGCAAGAUUCGUGCUUUACACUUGUCUGAAGCUCUGUAGAUCCCUCACCCCGUUGUAGUCCAGAGAGUUUCAGUCCCAGGACUUUGGAACAACAGACAGGGGGAACAAAAAACGAAUUACUCAUGGAGCAUUCAGCUAACCAGCUCCGGUUAGCAUAUCGGCUAGAGGAGAAUCUCCGGGUGUACGUCCUCCCGCGGUCAGCGAUUUGCUGCUGAAUUUUUAAUUCCGAAUGUUCGGGUCCCAACUCUUUCAGCCUCUUCUUGUCAAUAUCUGACCGUCGAUUGAAAGGUCUUUCGCGUAGAGAUACCACAGAGUUUUCAGUCACCGACGCCAUGCUAACAACAAGCUUCUGCUAGCUAUGUUGCUCGCGUACCUGCGUGGAGGUGGAGGUGGAGCUCCCUGGCAGGGUUGCCAGGUCUGUGAGAUAAAACCAGCCCAAUAUCAGAACUCAAAAUAUGCCCGUGCCAAACCAUAUACACUGCUUUUAAAGUCCAACAGCAUUGCUAUCAUUGCCAAAUGUAUUGUAAUAUCUACAAAGUAACAACAUAUGUUUAGUUUGCCAGCAUUAAAAGCAGUUUUCCCUCAAGUUAUUUCACCUAGGUCCUAAAAUGGCCUUGUGUAAUUAUACAGUAUAUUAUCAUAAAUAAAAUGUGUGUACGUGCUGA